GAUCACACGAACCCGCGUUGUGUGCAACAGCCCGCAGAAAAGCGGAUCCGUGUGACGAGUUCAUUUUAAAAAUCCCACCCAAACAGCUGCUGAGACCCCGAAGGCGCGAUGAUUUUAACCACUUUGGUCAUGCUACUGUCCUUCCCGGGCUCGGUGGUCACCUUGAAGGGCGGCCCGUCCUCCCGGCCCGCGCGUCUCGACUGCGUAAAGGCCAGCGAGCAGUGUCUGAAGGAGUACAGCUGCAGCACCAAGUACCGGACGAUGAGGCAGUGCGUGGCGGGCAGGGAGACCAACUUCAGCGCGGUCACCGGUCCGGAGGCGCAGGGCGAGUGCCGCAGCGCCAUCGACGCCGUGAAGCGGAGCCCCCUCAACCACUGCAGGUGCAGGAGAGGCAUGAAGAAGGAGAAGAACUGUCUCCGGAUCUUUUGGAGCAUUUUUCAAAGUUUACAGGGUAACGAUUUGCUGGAGUACUCCCCGUACGAACAAGUCAACAGCCGGCUCUCGGACAUCUUCCGCCUGGCGCCCAUCAUAGCCGUGGAGCCCGCCUCCACCAAGGAGAACAACUGCCUGAACGCCGCCAAGGCCUGCAACCUGAACGACACGUGCAAGAAGUACCGCUCGGCGUACAUCAACCCGUGCACCAGCAGGGUGUCCACCUCCGAGGUGUGCAACAAGCGCAAAUGCCACAAGGCCCUACGGCAGUUCUUUGACAAGGUUCCGGCUAAAUACAGCUACGGGAUGCUGUUCUGCUCGUGUCCGCCGGGGGAUCCGACGGCGUGCGCGGAACGCCGGCGGCAAACCAUCGUGCCCGUCUGCUCCUACGAGGACAAAGACAAGCCCAACUGCCUGUCCCUUCAGAACACGUGCAAGACCAACUACAUCUGCAGGUCGAGACUGGCAGACUUCAUCAGCAGCUGCCAGCCGGAAGCUCACUCCAUCUCCGGCUGCCUGAGAGAGAGCUACGCCGACUGCCUGCUCUCCUACUCGGGGCUCAUCGGCACGGUGAUGACGCCCAACUACGUGCGCUCGCUGGGCCUCGGCCUGUCGCCGUGGUGCGACUGCGGCAGCAGCGGGAACAGCAAGGCGGACUGCGAGAGGUUCGCCGAGUACUUCACCGCCAACCGAUGCCUACGAAAUGCCAUCCAGGCCUUUGGCAACGGUACCGACGUGGGAGUGUGGCAACCUCAGCCCCCGAUCGAGCCGACGGCACCGGAGCCCGGCGCCACGCGGGGGGGCAAAGACUGGGCCGUCGGCGGACCGGACGCACUCGAUGACGUCACCAGGCUGGAUCUCGCCGAGGACGCGUUGUUUCACACCUGUGGGACCUUGCAGGUCCGAAAGCUGGUGUCAAACGAGACUUUUGAUGACGCCCAAUGUGUGAACCCCCACCUGGACGAGUCCAGCAACGCCAACGCCAGGAGCCCAGCGUCCGCCCCCCCCUCCUGCCACCCCGCCACCGCGCUCCUCUCGCUCGCCCUCGCCCUGACGCCGCUGCUGCCGCGGCCCGGCGCCUUGCGGCCGCUGUAGGGGUCGCGGGGUCACGGGUCGUAGAGACGCGGGACCGCGGGUCGGCGCCUCCUACUCCCGACAAAGUGAUUAUUAUUAGUUGUUUGUUUUUUGGCACAGUGGACAGUGCGUUGGACAUGUUGCUGGACACAGAGCGGAGACGUCAGCUCAUUGCUCAUUGGACGAUUUGGUGAUUCAGAUACGUGCUGAGGGACACUCUUUUUUUUUUUUGAA